GUACGCUUCACCUCACCACACCUCUAUUGUUUUUCACAAUACUCAACUUCCCCAUCAUGCAAUUCACGACGCUCUUCUCGACUCUUCUCCUUGCCACCGUGGCAUUCGCGACCCGUGCUAGCUACGACACCACGUAUGACAAUGCCGGAGGCAGCAUGAACACCGUUGCUUGCUCCGACGGACAAAACGGACUUGCGAGUCGCUUCCCAACCUUCGGAGACGUGCCCACGUUCCCAAACAUCGGCGGCGCUUCUGCUAUUGCUGGAUGGAACAGCCCGCAGUGCGGUUCGUGCUGGAACCUGACGUAUCAGGGCGUAAGCAUCCUCGUGACGGCGAUUGACCAUGCCGGCGAUGGAUUCAACCUGGCAUUGGAAGCACUUGAUACCCUUACGAAUGGUCACGGCACCGAAGUCGGCGCAGUCGACCUUACAGCAGUUCAGGUCGACAAAUCUGCCUGCGGACUCUGAACAUAAUGUUAGACUGUAACCACUGUUGUACGUAAAACAAUGCGUAGUUUGCAUUUUGUCUGACGUGAUGGACUUUUCAUUAAAUGGACUCUUUCAACGUUCGUGAAAUCGUGGACUUCGUAAAAUUGCGUUAUUGCGUUAUUGCCGCAAUUUGUUGUACCACUUGGACUUCUUUUUCCUCCUGGGUCGAUUAAAGCCAUGUUGUAGAAUCUCUGUCAGUUGACAUGCCUGUAUCACCUUACUCACUCAACAAGACGGGAAGUGUUUCUCAAUGUUCUCAUUCAAUCCCCUGCCUGGAUAUAUGCGUGAUGGGCGAGAAAGGUGAAAUCACAUGAUAGGAGAAUUUGUUUACGCGAUGUUUGGCUGGGCUGGGGACUUGGAGCAACUUGACAAAAACAAGGCUCGUGACGACAAUGGCAGACUAUAGUCUAGAGAAGAACAAUCGUGGGCUACUGUAGCCGCAUGAACUGAGGGAACCGUAACGUGGCACACUAUGGGUGUUGCAUUACUUAUCUUGAGUUACAAUUGAGUAACGCACUUAGUGUUGCAUAUAGUCAGAUUUUUUUUAUAAUACAAGGCCCAAAGCCACGAUC